GCACGGCUCCCUCCAUCGCCGCGCCUCACGAAACAAAGCUAAGCGUUUGGUAUUACAGCCAGCACCAGCAGCUUAGCUCAGCUCAGCUCCCCGUUCGACACCACCAUGGCCUCCGUCUCGCGCCUCCUCGCCGUGGCGCUCGUCGUCAUGGCCGCCGCGCUCCUCGGCGGCGGCGGCGGCACGUGCCACGCCGCCCGCCUCCUCGCCGCCCUGCCGGUGCCCGAGGUGCCUGGCGUGCCGUUGCCGACGUUGCCCGAGGUGCCGGGCAUCCCGACGCUGCCGGUGCCUGAAGUGCCGAUGCCGGAAGUGCCGAAGCUGCCGGUGCCCGAAGUGCCCAAGCUGCCGGUGCCCGAAGUGCCGGGCGUGCCCGGCGUGCCCGCCGUGCCUUAGGUGCCGCGCGCUCGUCCGCGGAUGCUGCCGGCUCCCGGCGUGGACGAAAGCCUCUCCCGCGCCGCGCUGCGGGCCCAUCGGCCUCGACGACGUCGGUCCGUGCGCAAGUGCCGGCGCGGGGGUGUGGUGGUGGUACUCUUCUGUGUUUAUAUGUGUGUGUGUGUGUGUGUACGCGAGACUACGUACGCGUCGCGUGUCUCUCGUUUCGUCGUGAUGUCUGCUACGUCGUUGUAGGGUAUGGACGUGCACGCGAUACGGUGCGCGUGUAACACCACAUAUAUACUGCUCUAUCGAUGAAUGUUACUAGCUUCGUCGGUGUGAGUAGUAAUAAUUUUACAUCGUUGCCAGGGCUGCAAAAUUCAGUGUAAGAUGUACAAGUAGUGUGGUGCUAUUGUUGUUACCUGAUACUAACGUGAUGUGUAAUCGUUUUUACA